CCCGGGACCUGUGCGGCGGGGCUCUUACCGGGUUCAGUUUCCGAGCCCGAAUUUGUACCAGCACGCACCCGGCCCCGACCCCCACGCCACUUUUAGGUUUGGGGGGAGCCCUCGUGGUGCUAGCCAUGGCUUCAGGCCGGGGUGUGGCCACUGUUACUGCCCCUGCGGCCGGAACUGGAGAGGACAGAGGUGAAUGUGUCAAGCCUUUUACACCAGAGAAAGCAAAAGAAAUUAUAAUGUCUUUACAACAACCUGCAGUCUUCUGUAACAUGGUUUUUGAUUGGCCAGCACGACACUGGACUGCUAAACACCUUUCUGAGGUCCUUCAUGGUAAGCAGAUACGAUUCAGGAUGGGAAUGAAAAGCAUAGACAAAGUUCCUCAGUUUGAAAAUGCAUGUAGUUAUGUAGAAGCUACACUUGAAGAGUUUCUGACCUGGAACUGUGACCAGUCUAGUAUUUCUGGACCACUUAGAGAUUACAAUCACUCCAAUUUCUGGGCUUAUGCCGACUACAAAUAUUGUGUCAGUCUAUUUGAAGACAAGACAGAUAUUUUCCAGGAUGUGAUAUGGUCUGAUUUCGGGUUUCCUGGAAGAAAUGGACAAGAGAGCACAUUGUGGAUUGGCUCUUUCGGGGCCCAUACACCUUGUCAUCUGGACUCGUAUGGUUGCAAUUUAGUGUUCCAGGUACAAGGAAGGAAAAGAUGGCAUCUCUUCCCUCCCCAGGAUACUCCUCUCCUGUACCCAACUAGAAUCCCUUAUGAAGAAUCCAGUGUGUUCAGUAAAGUUAAUGUUGCCAAUCCUGAUUUAAAACGUUUUCCUCAAUUCCGGAAAGCCCGAAGACAUACUGUCACACUGUACCCAGGACAGGUCCUCUUUGUUCCCAGACACUGGUGGCAUUACGUGGAAUCCAUUGAUCCUGUCACUGUCAGUGUAAACUCAUGGAUUGAACUGGAAGAGGACCACCUGGCCCGUGUGGAAGAGGCAAUCACCCGUAUGCUUGUGUGUGCCCUGAAAACGGCAGAGGAUGCCCACAAUACCAGAGCUUGGUUAAACCCAACAGAGGGUGAAGAAACAUCUCAUGAAGUCAAUUGUCGUUACUUAAAUGGAGCUGUUUCUGCCUUUUUGGAUCAUUGCACAGUAUCUAAGGUGUCAGAAAUCCAAGCACCAAGAACAAGUAGAGAGUAUGUGAGAGAGCAAGAAUUAAAUGUGCACAACCACGUGGAAGUGGAAGAAACAGGUAGCCACUUAACCCUGGGAACAACAGAACAGGAGGCAGCAGGUCCCUUUGGCCCUGAUCUUGUUCCUGUAAUACCAAGUUCUGAAGAACCACCUUCAGAAGAAGAAGACAUAUUUGAAAGUGGUGGUAAAGACUUUGUUGGCCAAGAUGGAGAACAUUCUAGAAAAUUACAUCACACUAAGAGGCAACGAAUGAUGAGCAAAAGUGAAGAUGCAGUUAUGGAACAAACUUCUUCAAAUAGUGCAUCAGCCCCUUGUCAAAAAUUCAUUUCCACAGAUGACUUGCUGGACUGUUUAGUGAAUCCAAAAGUAACUAGGAUAGUGGCACAACUUUUGAUACAAGGAAGAAGUUUGUGAUUCUAAAGAAAAUGACUUCUUAAACAGUAUUUAAAAAACAUUUUAGAUAGUAUGUUUUAAAAAAGAAAAAAGAUGGAAAAGCAAAAGUUUAAUUUUCAUACUUAAUAAACUAAGUUUCUGUACUUCCUACUUUCUUUCAUGUUCUUUGCCCUUUGGCUAAUUGGCUCUUGGUUGUUUGUAGGCCUUCUUUCUUCAAAGACUUUACCUUUCCGGCUCCCAUGCCAUCCUUUUAGCCUAUUAAAUGUCAACCCCCAAGUGUUCUCAACAGGAGGUAAUCUUGCCAUCAACAUCAAGCAGAGGUCUGCCUUCUGCUUGUUUUGGUUAAUAAAGUUUUAUUGGAACACAGCCCUGCCAUUUUUUUUUAC